GGCCAAAUAUUUCUGGGCUUUUUAUUUGUUUGUAUUCUUUAAAAUAUCAUGUUUUUUAUGUAUUUGUUUUUUUUUUUAUAUAUAUAUAUAGAUGGCGUCUCCAGUGACUGCAAGCAACUUCACGGCUUUCUCUAUUUUCACCAUGAAAUCAGGCAUGAAUAACACAGAACAAGCUCUUUGUGAACUCCCAGCGAAUAAGGUUUUCAUAUUUGCAUAUUCGCUGCUGUUUCUCGUCAGUCUGGUGCUGAACUGCAUCAUGAUGCGGGUGUAUUUCUGUUCAAAUCAGAACAUUCAGUCUAGUGUCACAGUCUACAUGAAGAACUUGGUCGCAGCUGACUUCUUCUUAUGCAUUAGUUUACCUUUGCGCAUUGCUGCCUACGCCAAUAAUUCAAGCAUAAUGACCAAUAUUCACUGCAGCUUUGGGGCAACGGCAUUCUUUUUAAACACAUAUGCAAGUGUUCUCUUCAUGGACUUUAUCGCUGCAAACAGGUACCUAAAGAUUGUACGGCCAAUGGAAACUAACGCUCUGCAGAUGGUUCAUACUGCCCGCUAUAUUUCUGCGGCAACUUGGCUGUGCUUGUUAUCCUUCUCCUCCAUCUACUUGAUCCUCUUUCUACAGAACUUCUGGGAUCAAAUGCCUGAUGCGUUUACCUGUGAAUCAAGGCAAAAUAUCCCACUCAGUGUGACCUACAAAAGUUUCCACUGUAUGACCUUUGUGAGCUUCAUCGCUGUCCUCAUAUCUCUGAUUCUGCUAUACUGGAAGACUCAUCAAAAGCUCAGAGAAGUUCAGUCCUCUUCACAGGUCAGCUUCGGAAGCCGAACAUUCAAGAGGUCUAAGCACAACAUGUUAGUGCUGGUGGUCAUUUUCUGCGUGUGCUUCGUUCCCUAUCAACUGGUGAAACUGCCAUACAUAUUCACCAAACCCUUGGUGCACGACUGUACAGCAGCCCAGCCGUUCUACAUCCUGAAGGAGCUCACCAUCCUACUCACAGCACUAAACGUCUCCUUGGAUCCACUUAUUUACUUUUUCUUUUGCAAGACCUUCAGAUCCCAGUUUAAUUUUAAAAGUCAUCAACCAGUCUGUGAAUGACGAUUGGAUGUUUUGUGUAUUAUUAGUAAUGUGCUUCUUUGUUUGUGUUUUGCAGUUGUCAGAGAAUGAAUACCUUUGGCAAAAGAAAAUAGGUGUAAAACCAGGGAGUUUGCAGUGACGUUUCUGUUUCACUGUUUCACAAAUCAAUCAAAUAAAAAAUUAAAAAAAACCUUGGCAUAUUUAUAUUGCAAUGCAUUUCUUCUGACUUAUUUGCAUAGCUUAAACAACAACAAAUUAGAAUUCUAAUA